GUGGCCAGCUACAGAGCCACGUCAGGCCUGUAGCAACUGAUCGUCUUCUACUGCCUCUCCAAGGUUAGAGAUAGGCCCGCCUCAUCAACUGGAAACACUCGAAGAAACAGACACUUGGAGCAGAAUUGAGAUCGCGAUACCAGGAAUUAAGUUUUUGUUUUUUUUACGUACAGAUUUUCUCCGGCACUGAGGCUUUAAGUGUCGCCUGUGCGCUGUGAAUUUGUCAGCGGGGACAUAGGCAGCGUUAUUUCGUCUCUUUAAGGAGGUAUUGCAGACGAAAAAUAUCGCUAUCGCCCGUCUUAUUGGUGCUUAAUGGAAACUCGCAAUCAUAAAACAUGGUUGCAUUUGGAGAGUAUCCGUGAAUGCGAUCGUUUCCUUCCGACAUCUGUGCGUCAGAGAAGACACCUCAGCUAGCUGGACUCCGGGUUGGGUGUGAAGUCUUCACUGUGUACCGUGUGCUGCUGGAGUGAAGGUGACUUGCGCCCCGUCGCAGUCAAGGCAAUGCGGUGAGGAGUCGCAGGCGCUCAUCCGGCACUUUUCCUGCGCUCUGAGGCUCGUCUGGGAACAUAUUUUCUCCUUCUCCCACACUAAAGGGGAGAAACGUGAGAGAUAGACAGAGCAAUAACAAUAAUCGAGGUUCGACCCAGCCAGUAGUUGGCGAAGGUGAAUUGAGCGAAAACGGAGGAGAGAAUAAGGUGAACAGUAAGGUGCAGGCUGGUGAGGCAGGAACAGAGAAAGUGGUGGAGUUUGGUCGGGAAAUAGACAAAGCCGUUCUGUAUUAGGGCUAUUUUAUUAGUGGAUGUGUAUGCAUGAGUUCUGCAUCGAAUGGGCGCAAAAACCGCCCCAGAUCAGCCGGGAACAUCUUCCAGAUCGGCAAGCCUCCUUGCCGAGACCCAGAGAGGAGGGAGAGCACCGAAAGUACCCGCAAAGCCCAGCGCGCCGUGGCCGACUGCAGAAUGAUCGUCCAAGAAUUCAACACGCUUGUGGCUCUGUACCGUGAACUGGUCAUCUCCAUUGGCGAAAUCACUGUGGACUGUCCUUCUUUACGGGACGAAAUGCUGAAGACCCGAACUAAGGGCUGCGAAAUGGCGAGAGCGGCACACCACAGUCUCUCCUUGAUAUCAGGACCAGAGGACGGGGAGAUCCACCCUGAGAUCUGUAGGCUCUUCAUCCAGCUGCAGUGCUGUCUCGAGAUGUUCAUCACUGAGAUGCUCAAAUCUGUCUGCUUGCUGGGAUCCCUGCAGCUCCACAGGAAAGGUAAGGAUUCCUGUGGCCCUACCGGUGUCGACAAUAAGACCGAGGAAAGCUCGGAAAUCCCCAUCCUGGAGGACACCUCUUCAUCCCCCACUGACUUUCCUCAGCUCUGCUGGCUGGUGGCCAAUGACAUAGAAAACAUAGAAAGGGAUAUGAGGGAGAUGAAGAACCUUCUCAGUAAACUCAGGGAGACAAUGCCUUUACCAUUGAAGAACCAAGAUGACAGCAGUUUGCUGAACCUGACUCCCUACCCACUGGUCCGACAGAGAAAGAGGCGGUUCUUUGGGCUCUGUUGCCUGGUAACCAGCUAAGGGCCCCGCCUUCGUGGGUAGGAGGCGGUAACAAAGACACCAUUACCCACUGUCCUUCACCACUUGUGUCUCCCACCAAUCUAUUACUGCCAUUUUCAAAUAAAUUGUCUCUUUCUCUUUUUUUUUUAAUAGGCUGCCCAUUUUAUAAUUUUAUUUUGUAAUACAAAGAAGAAUAGUAACUGCAAUGUAAUGAAAACAAAAGUCAUGAACAUAUAUUUUAAGAUAUUUUGCAACACAUUUUCCCUUUUUUUGGUAAAUGAAGUCAGAUAUCUGCUUGUCCAAAUGUAAAAGAGAAUGAGAGAUCAUUUGAAAUAAUGUCAAUGUUCAAUUACUUCCACAAACCUGAGUGAAUGAAAUGAGGAUUCAUGUUUUUAAAAAAAGGGAAUAUAAUUGUCAGUUUUUGUCAGUUAUACCUUUGUAUGUCCAAGCUGAGGUGACAGGUUUGUGCAGAGUAAGUCUGUUGUGUAUUACGGUCUCUGUUUUCUGUUCCUUGCUGUUUCUUCUUCUUAAUGUACUUAAUUUAGUCUUCCAUAAACCAAGUACUUGUAUCCAACUUUAACUUUCAGCUUCAAAAUGGAAUAUAUGAUACAAUACUCAAAAAGAAAACUUCUUUGCACACAAUAUCUAUCUAUAAAUUGAGACAUUAGACUUGUAUAUACACAUACUCUUUACGCAAUGCUCUCUGAAUUAUUUUCAAAGAUGGAAAUGGUUAGCAAAGAAUCUGUUAGUUGGUAUAAGCAGUGUGGGUCUCCCUCUGUCUGAGGCAGACCAGUGCAGGCAGAGGCCGGACAGAAUGGGUCUUGCUUAUUAAUGAUAGUGAUCAAUGUUUAGGGCACGGUGAAGGUACAGUAGUCAAAGCUGAUAUAGGUCAUUUUACAUUGUUAAUAAAACUUUUGUUAUUGAAACUAAUAAACUAGUCCUUGUAAAUUUCUUGUGUGUAAUCAGGUGAAGUGUCCACUUGGUGGAGACAAACUAUCAGAAACGACAAACGUGUCAGACCCUUUUGGCUGUUUGAGUUCUGGUAAAAAAAGAAAGUAAGGUCAAACUGAAUACAUUUAAGAUAUGUUAUAAUUUAUAUUUUGGGAAUAAACACCUCAAC